AUGAAGUUACGCUAUAAAAGGAUGGCGUGUGAAGACAAGAAUAAGUACAAAGGCAGUGAUGGGACGUGCUGCGAACGCUGCCCUGCAGGAAAAUAUGUAAAAGCAAAAUGCAACGCCACACAGGCCACACAGUGUGAAGAAUGUCCCCGUGGGUACUUUACAGCCACAACAAAUCAUCUGAAUGAAUGUAAGCGCUGCAAGGACUGCAUUUCCAGAAACCAAUUGAAGAAAGUGCAAGACUGCACAUCUGUUACGGACACAGUCUGUGAGUGUUCAGAGGGCUACUUCUGUAGUUCUGAUGAGUGUGAGCACUGCCAAAGUGCAACCUUCUGCAAGCCGGGUUUUGGUGUCAAGCAAAAAGCUGUGCAUACAAAUGACACAAUCUGUGCAAAGUGUGAGGAGGGGACCUACAGCAAUGUCACCGAUUUCAGCUCAGCCUGCGUUGCACAUACCAGAUGUGAGGACUUUGGAGGAGUGGUGGCGACUCCAGGAACCUCAACAGCUGAUGCCAUCUGUCGACCCAUCAAAUGUUCAGCUUGGAUGCUUCCCGCAGGCUUGUGGUCCGGACUGGUGUUGAGCAUUCUCAUCGUGGCUGUUUUCAUCCUUUGGAGAGCAAAACGCAGAUCGCACCGCUGCACCAUUCCUGUUACUUUGAAGGAUGAUGCUCCACCUCUACCUGUCACUCCACCAGAGCCGUCAUCUCACUGCCAAGAGAGCGGCAAUGGAGACGAGUGCAAGUUACCACUUUUUAUCACAGAUGAUGCUCUAAUCAUUCUCAGCAUGAAGGACAGGUUGGACCACAACCCUCCAAUAACUGAACGGACGGCAUCUGUUUCCUUCACUGAAUCCAGUCUCAUCAAGGAUAGCACUGGACACAACACUGGAAACUUUGUGAGGUUGUGUUCAGAGCCGCAGGAGGACGAGUGGAGUGGGACUUAUUGA